UCUGCGCUGCGCGCGCGUCAGGACAAAGAUCGGCGGGCGGCAGAUCGGUCAGCUGGGAUUAAAGAUAGGCACUGUGCAGAUGUUUGACCGCACCUGCUCUUGGUGAGCCAGCGCCGCCUCCCUUCUCUUUACCUGCGACUGCGUGUGGUUGGCGGGAGGACCGCGCUUGAAGAAAGACAGGCGGUCGUGGUUGGAUGUCAUCCUUGGCAAGAUGCUACGAGUGUUCCUACCGACAACUCUUGCCCUCUCGCACCCUUUCUUUGUUGCUGGGAGCUGCUGCGCAUGCUCAGGGCGCUCUGGAUGUAGUUCGCCUUUUUCAGCUGCUGAUAGCAUCAGCUCGGCCACGUCUCGUUCCAAGAAGCUCCCAUCCCCACGUGCUCGUGUGUCGACGGGUCUUCUCGUUCCUUGGCCAUCAGCGAUUGAUGAAUAUAUGGCUCUUGACCCUGGGGGACGUGGCACAGUUCUUCAGGUCAUGUGUCUGACAGCAUCAGCUGUAAGCUGACUGAUUGCAGUGCGCGUUGUGCUUUAGUUGCCGCACACAGUCAAUGGGGGAGCACCACCCACA